AAACACAUGGAAUCACUGAUAGUCCGGUUUGGUGGCGCUGAAAAUAUCGCUGUAUUAAACGGGGAUGUUUGGAAAAAGCAUCACAUGCCUUCCACAGAUCUAUGCCUGUAAUGAUGUUUGGAAGACAGUGUGAGAGAAUGAUGGUUGCUUUCGAGAAAGAAGAGGAUGGUCUUGUUAGCAUCGACGUUCCAAAGUUCUUGCAGCGAUUUACAUUGGACAUUAUAGGGCUUGCAGCUUUCGAUUACGAUUUCGAAGCUCUCGACAAUCCCGAUAACGAGAAAGUAAAAAUGUAUAACGAAAUCAUCAAAGGUACUCAAAAUCCAAUUUAUUUCUUCUUCCCCAUUCUCGAAAAGUACUUCCUUUGGGUCAUUCCAAAACGUAGAGCACUGCAUCGAAAAAUGGAUGAAAUGAACACCAUCUUUUUCAGCAUCAUCGACCGCAAACGAAAAACCCUGGCUAGCAACAAGCACAAUAUUGAAGAAGGAGAGAAGGACUUGCUCACUUUGAUGCUCGAAGCGAACGAAGACACUGGGAACCCUCAACAUCAACUUUCUGAUGUAGAACUUCGUGAUAAUUUGGCCGCCUUUUUCUUAGCAGGCCAUGAUACUACAUCAAACGCACUAAGCUUUGCGCUGUACUAUCUGGCUGUUAACCAGCACGUUCAAGGGAAAGCUCGUGAAGAAGCCAUUAGAAUUCUAGGAGAUGGUGAUGAUAUUGUCUAUCCAUCUGCACAACAGUGCUCAGAUAUGAAGUACAUUUAUAUGGUUGUUAAAGAGACACUACGUAUGAGUGGGCCCGCUCAAAAUACCCUUCCACGGCAGAGUAACAGGGAUACUGAACUUGCUGGUACAUUCAUUCCAAAAGGAGCCUCCUUGAUCGCUGAUAUAUUUGUCAUGCAUCAUGACCCAUCAGUAUGGAAAGAUCCUGAAGCCUUUUUUCCUGAACGUUUCGCUCCUGGAGGUGAGAGUGAGUCAAAAGCUGGACAAGGACUUUCCUGGGCACCAUUUGGAAGCGGAUCUAGACAGUGCAUUGGUAUGAACUUCAGUUUAGCUGAACAGAAAGUGGCACUUUCGAUGCUACUCCGUAAGUUUACAUGGACACUCCCAGGCAACUCUACCAUUGAGCAUCAUAUAGUCAUAGGUGGAGGUGUGGGUAUCAUUUCUCCGGAAGAAUUACAUCUGAAGUUUAUGAAACGAUUUUAAUCGUUCUGCGCUCGCUAUCCAAAAAAAGUGUUCUUCACACGGCUAUUCUAAAUUUGCUAUCCUAUAAACAUUUGUACAUAAAAGUCUCAUGGCAAACAUCCCGUUCUCCUAUAGA